AUGAUGGAUUCACUGGACGGCCGCGGCUAUGUCACUACGCCGCCUCUUCCCGCUUCGUCUCCCGGCUGCGUCGAUAUGAUGGAUAUGUCGCCUUUGCCACACAAGGCUCCCUUUGUGGCCCAUGUUGAGCUUCCAUCCCCGACCCCAGGAUCCGAUGAUAUGAUGGCGGAAACACCCGUCCCGCGUUCCGCUUCUGUGCAGCCAACAAAACCUCUCGCGGCCGAACGGAGGAGAAUCGGUCUCAGGAGGCCAUCUCUCACCCGUGCCAAAGGCUUUAGCGCGAUUGGCACCAUUGGCCGUGCACAGGGCGAGAACCAGCCCCCACCAUUCCGGUUUGGCGCCGGAGGCGAUGGCCAACUUGGUUCUUCUCCUUCCUCCUCUCUAUCGUUGAGCGAAUGCUUCCAAGACUCGCCCCCGCAGGAGCGACGCCCGAAAAGUUCGAACAGCCCGUGUGUUUCCAUGGCCGUCACCCGUCCCAAAGCGCAUUUCAACAGCCUCAAUGCCAUGAGCGGUGUGCGCAACGGAUCGCCAAUCAACAGCCAAGGGCGGAGGACAGCGAACCCUUUCCUGCGCCCGCGGAAACAAUAUCGCCGCUCUUUGAGCAUGUUUGAGAACGCUGGAGAUGUCGUUGCGCCAAAGAAAGAGGGACCGGCGUUUGCCUGCACAGCACUGCAGUCGGUCAUGGACCUCGAGGAACAAAACGAGCCUGUUCUCCCCCACUUCUUCCCCGAGGACGAAUGUGACAACAUCCCGCGUAUCACGCGUGAAACGAUGCUUGACGUGCUAGAUGGAAAGUACAGCGACAGCUUCGAGCACAAGAUGAUAAUUGACUGCCGGUUCGAGUACGAGUAUGAAGGGGGCCACAUCGACGGCGCGAUCAACUACAACGACAAGGAGCUCCUGUCGAGCCAAUUGGUCGACAACCCGAUGCAGGGCCGCACGCUCCUCAUCUUCCACUGCGAGUACUCCGCCCACCGAGCUCCGAUUAUGGCCCGCCAUCUCCGCGCUCGCGACCGGAACGAGAAUGCCGCCCACUAUCCCAAACUCUUUUAUCCCGAGAUCUACAUUCUAGACGGCGGGUAUAGCGGCUUUUUCGCUGACCAUCGGGAGCGUUGUUACCCCCAGGCCUAUGUCGAGAUGAACGCCGCCGAGCAUGUUAACACCUGCGAGCGGGAGAUGAACCGCCUGCGCCAGAACCGCCGGGGCUUGGGCCGCGCGCAAACCUAUGCCUUUGGGCAGCAAGAUCCCGGGCUGGAAGACUCGCCGACCGCUCCAGGCCGCGUCAACUCUCGCGACCGUGAAAUUUCGAGGGUGCUCGCGGCAUCCCCCAGCAUUUGCCCCGAACGUGGGCCCGCGAGGCGGAUGGUGUCUUAUUAA